CAGCUCAAAUUAGCAAAGGUCAUGACAAUGAUUUUUGUUACGAAAUGAUAUUUUGCAAGGUUUGACUACUCUUCAAUUACAUAGUAAUACGCUUAUGAAAUGAUUCUUGAGCGUGAUCUGUCGUUAAAAUCUUCUGUUGCGACGGGACGAACUUUACCUAACAACAAUUAUACAAUUUUACAACAACAAUUCCGUUCAAACCUGUUGAUAUUCCCAUUAAUUCAUUCGUAUUCGCAAACCAUUCAUUUGUAUUCCUCCAUAAAGUGUUAUUCAGUGUAUUUAUUAACUAUUUACCGAGAUUCAGUUUUGACAAAAAACUACUACAAUGUCAAUGAGUCGAAGAGCUUCCACUGUUGGCGGAGGAGUCCAGAUGUCAGCCAAACUGGCUGCCCUUCGUGGAGAAUCUGUGGAAGGAUCUUCCAUGAUAGACUCACAAAUGGGUGGAAUGUGUAAUGUUAACCAGGAUACAACCAAAGCAAAAAGUAAAACAAAACAACCCGACAGAUUCAUGACUAAGACUGGACAUUGCAAUAUUAGAAGAUCUGCUAUUCAAAUGGGAAGAAUGUAUGUCACGGAUAUAUUCACAACUUUGAUUGAUUUGAGAUGGAAAUACAAUAUUAUCAUAUUUGUUCUCGUUUAUACUGCUGGAUGGUCGUUGUUCGGAUUUUUUUGGUGGUUUGUAGCAUUUAUCAGGGGAGAUGUGACUGCUCACGCCAUGAAUGAUACUGAUCACAACCCAUGUGUUGAAAAGGUUUAUUCGUAUGCGACAGCUUUCUUGUUUUUUAUUGAGACCGAAACAACCAUUGGAUACGGCAAGCGAGCAAUCACUGAUCAAUGUCCGGAAGCCAUACUUUUAUUUGUUAUACAGGCUCUAAUCGGAAGCAUCGUGGAUGCAUUUAUGGUUGGUUGCAUAUUCAUCAAGUUAUCUCAACCGAAAAAUCGAGCAGAAACCUUGGUUUUUAGUGAUCAAUGUGUCCUGACUCUCCGAGAUGGAAAGUAUUGUCUGAUGUUCAGAGUUGCAAAUCUUCGAAAUUCCCUUCUUAUCCAGUGUAAAAUUCGAGCAAAAUUGGUGAAAUCAACAAGAACUCUCGAAGGUGAAUUCAUUGGAUUACAUCAGGAUGACAUUAACGUCGGCUUUGAUACAGGAGCUGACAAUCUAUUUCUGGUGACACCACUCAUUAUAUGUCACGAGAUUGACUAUCGAAGUCCGUUUUACAACAUGAACGCAGAAGCUCUUGUGAACGACAAAUUCGAGAUUAUUGUUAUAUUGGAGGGGAUGAUUGAGAGCACAGGAAUGAUUUGCCAGGCUAGAACUUCAUACCUGAACACGGAAGUACUUUGGGGUCACCGGUUUAUGCCCGUUCUAUUCCACGCUCGUGAUCAUUUCAGUGUAGAUCAUUCGGAGUUUCACACAACAUUUGAGGUUCCAAUGUCAAAAUUGAGUAUGAAGAAAUACCAGGAAUCACAUUCGAACGGAAAUUCGAACAAGAAUUCAAAAGCAUUGUAUUCGACCGGAUCAGCAUGAUAUUUUUUUUUAAAAUUAUGGAUGUUCCUUUGCCUUCAGUUUUAUUUGUUUGCUGUAUAUAUAUGUGUGUUUUGAUUUUCAAAUAAUAUAUGUGAAAAAAUAUUUGUGCAGUGUAUCAUGGA